AUUAGUAGUUUAUUAAUUAAUGUAUCAAUUAAGAUUGUAUGCCAACAUGUUUGGUAAAUCAAUAGAUUGAAUUGAAUAAAUUUACUUCGCUUAAUUAGCAAUGCAAAUAUAUAAUUCAAAGUUAAUUUGCUCCAAUUUUCUUUCCUCCCCAGUGUCUGCGCGUCAAAGCGUCGGGUUUCGCGCGGUAUCUAUGUUCAAUUCUACAACUUCAUGCGCUGAAGAGUUCCAUAUACGACUUGCGAUAAAAGAAUUUACGAUAUACGAUUACGAUACGUUUUGUAAAACGGUCCAACGAUCUGUCGUAAGUUCUUCAAAUUUAGGACUUAGGACUUAAGAUUUCCGACUUUUUGUACGGUAUUGUCAUCGUCUCUCUAUGAAGUCUAAUGUGUCUAGUUAUUUCCCGAUGUGAUUGCCGUAUAAAGAUGGACGCGGAAGUUGCGUAGUAUGUUCACUGUGUUUAAUAAGGGACACGUUACAGGAUCAACAUGAGAACAACCGUGAGGUCAUUUGCGUCAUAAAUCCUAAAAACUGUCCCUCCUCAAUGUGAGGUUACAGAGAGGCGAUGAACAGCGACAUUAAAUUAGAUCUGCAUGAAGAGAAAUCUUCGGAGAAGAGCAAGAUUCCACUACUAAGUUAUCCAAGUCCUGAGACAACAGACGUUCCGGUAGUUGUUGUGAAAGAUGAUGACGUUUGGAAUCCCUCAGAUGCACACACUCCUGAUAUGACCCAUUGUCCCCACUGCCAGAACGAUGUGGUCCCUGUUGUUGAAUACAAAAUGGGCUUUCUACCCCCGCUUGUCACGUGUUUCAUGAUUAUGACGUGCAUCUUUUGCCUCGUUUCCUGGCUUCCGUUGGGGAACAAGCUGUUAAAGACCGUUAUUCACUUCUGUCCGGUAUGUAACCGUGAGAUCCGCCGGCUGACCAGGAUAGCCAUGUCCUUUCGAUGUGUUUGUUUUAUUACGUUGGUCGUAUGCGGUGUAAUAGAUGCACAACUGGAUUGUAGCAUAGUGUUGCACGGGACAUACGACUAUAUAGUGGUGGGUGGAGGAACAUCCGGGUCAGUAAUUGCGUCUAGGCUGUCAGAGGAUCCAGACAUCCGGGUCCUUGUAUUAGAGGCGGGAAAAGCAGAUGAUGACAUAUUUGAGAGUCACGUGAUAGACACCCCUGGCCUUUCCUACAGUCUUGUUGGUAGCAGUGUCGACUGGAAGUAUGAGACGGAGCCUCAACAGCAUUGCUGUAAUGGCCUCUCGGAAAAGAAAGUCAGGUUGUCGCGAGGAAUGGUUUUGGGAGGAACUUCCGCCAUUGAUUCUAUGGGACACAUCAGAGGAAGUCAGUACGUGUUCGACGAAUGGGAGCAGUCUGGAGCCAUAGGCUGGAAUUUCACCAAUGUGAAGGAUUUCUAUAAAAUGGCAGAGGAUGUCAACAUCAAACGUGUCCCACUGACAAAUCACAGAGGUCAAUGUGGACCUUUCCAUGUCACGGAACAAAAGGACGAUUCCUUGAGAUAUUCCAUGUUCAAAGCUGGUACGAAUGAAAUGGGCUGGCCGGUGGUGGAGUGUAAUAUCGGCGAGAAUAUUGGUCUUUGUCGAAGCCAGCUGACCACCAAACAUGGAAAUCGAAUCAGCUCAGCAAAAGCUUAUCUUAACCCUGUUAAAAAAAGAGUAAACUUGGACGUCCAAACUGAGGCUAAAGUUGUUAAGAUAAUAAUCGAUGAGUACGAUUUAAAGGCCACGGGUGUGGAUUUUCUGUACAGAGGGAAAAAAUAUACCAUAAAAGUGCGUCAUGAUGUAAUCAUGGCAGCUGGACCUAUUGAAACUCCGAAGCUGCUCAUGCUGUCUGGCAUAGGGAAUCCAGAUCACUUAGCAGCCUUAAAUAUAACUGUCUUGGAAGACCUCCCUGUUGGAAAUAAUUUACAAGAUGGUUAUGUGGUGCCUCUGCGACUGUACAUAAAGCUCCCAACAUAUCGACCUGAUAAACCCAUGGAAAACGUACAGAGAUGGAGAGAUUAUAUCUAUCUUAGACGAGGUGAAUUAGCCGAUGGACUUCUAGAUGCACACUAUUUUUUGAAAACAUUACCAAAAAAGACGACAAAAUACCCAGACAUUGGAAUCUCUGUCAUCAACAUGUUGCCCGAUAAUGACCAUUCAUUGCUCACGAAGAUGAACGUUAAAAAACAUGUGAGAGACACUUUCUACAAACAAGGUCGUGGUAAAAAUGGCGUUCUCUUGGAGUUGGGGUUAAUGCAUGCCAAAAGCCGUGGGACAGUCCGGUUAAGAAGUGCUGAUCCACAGGAUCCACCAAUCAUUAAUCCCAACUACUUAGCCCAGUCUGAAGACGUCGAAGAUUUACGCAAAGGCAUUGAAUUCAUCCUGAGGCUCACGAAAACGGUUGCCUUUAAAGCAGUAAAUGCAAAAUUGGAAGAAAAAAUUGAAGAAUGCGAGAAUCACCCGUUCAAAUCCCAAGACUACUGGAGAUGUUAUAUUCGAUAUGUAGGAUACAGUCCGAAUGAACUGGUGGGAACUGCACGGAUGGGGAGUUUAGAUGACAAUACUACAGUCGUUGAUAGUUCUUUAAGAGUAAAAGGAAUAAAUGGUUUAAGAGUUGCAGAUGCGUCUAUAAUGCCACAGAGCACAGGAUUAACUCGAGCCUCGGUAAUCAUGAUUGGAGAAAAGGCUGCUAAGAUCAUCAAGAGGGAUUACGAAGAGUACAAAGCAAAUCGUCACCAGCCCAAAUCAUUUAUAAGUUCGAUUAAAACCACAGAAGAGAAAAACCUGGAUCCGCUAACAUCUAGCGUCUAUGACACAAAACCAUCACUUGUCCAAUUAGAAAACACAAAGCCCGUUGAUCCAGUGACGUCAGAAUUAAAUUCAGCAUCAGAAAAAGAUUUGUUGAGUAUGUUUGAACAAUUAAUUACGGAGCCUGCUUCAGAUCCCCAACCAUUUUUGGGAACCGAGGCAGGAAGUUUGGGUAGUGGCCACUUGAAAUCCAAUACCGGGAUUCUAGAUAAGUCAGGUCGUCUAACGGAAGAUGCGCUGUUGCAUCUUGUAGGAGCUGCGUCAGAAUCUACCAAAUCGACAGCCGGUGGGUUGAUGGCUUCAUCAAGCACACAAAAGUCUCUGAAUCAUCCAAGUAAGCCACUCGAUAUUGCCAAGGCAGCUAGAAAUACCGUCAAACAGACAAAGGGCACACAGACAGUGGAUGUCUCAUUGUCAGACAUUUUCUCUGAUUUCCAGAAUCUUUCAUUAGAUUUGCCAAGUAUGACGAAAAAUAAAAAACGACCAGUUUUAUCUAUUCCAAACACACUGAGCAUCGAGCGCACCCAGGUUCCAGCAAGCACAAGGAGAAGUUCGCAGACUUCUAACGCAGGUGCACCUCGGCAGCAAUCCAUCCAUGAGAAAUCCACCAGGAGAGAUCCUACGACAAAUCAUCGUGUAAUUGAUAUGCAUUCAUUGAUGAAUGAACAAUCAGCUCCAAGCUCAGCAAAAAGGGUAAUUGACAUGCAUUCUCUUUCCAAUAGCCAGUCGCCCGCCACUGCAGAUACUAAUAAGUUAAUUUCACCUGAAUCUAUUGCACUAGAUGGCGUACCGAAGACAAAUUCUGAAAUAAUUCGUGAACGAACCUUGCAUCCUUUGUCAGAUUCUUUACAAAGAAGUCGUGUGUCGUCUGUUGGUACAGAAUCACUGUUUGACAAUCACAGGGAAAUGUUUCCCAGUAUGGAGCCUGAUGUUCUUGGUUUUUCAAGUAAUGCUGGUUCAUUACAAUCAAACAAUUUAAACAAUGGGCAUUUAAAUCAUAGAAGGAACGAAUUAGUCAAAGGUGCAUUUCCUUGAUAGUCAUUCUCUAAACGAUUUUGGGAAAAAUCAACAACAAUCACUUAAAGUCUUAUAAUUUAUCUAUUCAUUAGAUGAAAAUUUGUCUGAUGAAAGGAAGGUCGGUUCACGCGGCAGUAGCUGUUCACUUCUCAUUGUCCUCUCGCAGCGCAUUAUUGCACUUGUAGACACUCCCAUUCAUCUACAACAAAAACUACAUCUAACACUGCCAUAAUUGACUAUUGAUAAUCAUUGAAUAAUGAAUUCCACUGGUUUAAGAUAAGACAAUCAUCAAAGGCAAUUAGAACACCAGAUACAGAUUAAUUAAUUCAAAUGUGUGAAUUAGAAAUCAGUAAAGUAGAUGUGGUUUAUGUAAAAUAGUACUUACCUGUCACCUGGUUUUUGUAACUUUGUUCAUCUUUGUCGAUCUGCCGACAUAAAUUACAACAAUACUUUCUGUAGUGAGCACAAAACAGCUGUGGUUCGUUGGUGUAGAGACAUCGCUGUCUCAGAAAACAGUUUGGAUACUGGUCUGUGUGGUUGCAAUCCUCGGUAUUACCUGCCAGGUGUAGUGUGUGAUAGAGAAUGUAAAAAAAAAAAAAACGAUGGUUAGAUGAACAUUUAGAUACCAUAUGCAGAAAGUCAUUUACAUUGAUAGUUAUGCGGCAGUCAUGAUUAUGGUUUAUACUUGUACAUGUAUAUCAUAUAUAUGUGGAUGUUUUUAUUCAGCUUUGAGUUUAUUCAGUCAAAUUUGAAAUAUGAAUCAAUUUAUCAAUUUGUCCAAAGCCGCGCGAAAAUAUAAUGGUUUAUACAUGUACAGUAUACAUCAUUUGUGUGUGGAUUUUGUUUUCAGUUUUGAGUUUAUUCAGUGAAAUAUCCAUAGCCGCGCGAAAAUAUGUAUGAUGUGAUGCAUACAACUGGGUAUGACUAUGUAAUAAUACCGUUGGUAACUAGUUUAAUUAGCUACAUGUAUUUGUUACAAUGCGCGGUACUAUAUUUCUGUAAAUAAUGAUGUUUCGUCUUCAUUACUCCUAUUUCAUUGUCUUUCACAUGUUAUUUGUAUUUAAAUUAAUUUAUGUUCAAUUAUAUAUAAUCUAACUUACAACAAAAAUAUUAUAAAUA